CAUCACCACUCCAAUUCAGCUUCCUGCACAUUUACCUCUCUGAGCUCUGCACGGUCACGUCUCUGCCUUGCUGAAAAAGCAAAACCACAGUUGUAUCGAAGUUAAGUCUUAGGUCAGUCUCUAACUGAGUUAGAGAACCUCAGGAGCGACGUUUUGAGCAAGCGCUUUCUCGUCUCUCUCAUCCGGGCAUGGAGUGGCGCGGGCAGUCGACCGUCAGCUCAGCGGUGGCUUUCUCGGAAGCUCAGAGAUGGGUUGAGGAGGUGACCGAAAAAUCUUUUGGGACCAACAACUUCCGAUCGGCGUUGGAAAACGGAGUUCUCCUGUGCGAUCUGAUAAACAAGUUGAAGCCGGGCGUCAUUAAGAGGGUGAACCGCCUCUCCACACCCAUUGCUGGCCUGGACAAUGUGAAUGUGUUCCUGAAGGCUUGUCGGAAGCUUGGAUUGAACGAGGCACAGCUCUUCCACCCAGGUGACCUGCAGGACGUCUCCAGCCGAGUCACCGUCAGGCGAGAAGAAACCAAUAGGAGACUUAAAAACGUGCUGAUCACGCUGUACUGGCUGGGUAGGAAGGCCCAGGCGGACCCCUUCUACACCGGCCCCCUGCUCAACCUCAAGGCCUUCGAGGGCCUGCUGGGAUUCGCCCUGUCUAAGGUGUUGGAGGAGUCGUGCCCGCGCUGGAGUGUGCGUGACUCGGGCUACAGUGAGAGCUGGUACCCAGACAAGGAGGAGCUGCUGGGCCAGCCGCCGGUCAGCUACCGCAGGGAGGACUCCGUGGAGAGCCUGGACUCGGUCGAGUCCCGCACACUUAGCGCCGCAUCAGAGAGCACCCUCAGAGCAGGGAGUGAAGGUUGUGGGAGUGACGCGGAGGCUGAGCAGGGCUUCAGGAUGUCAGACAUGCGUGAUUUCAGGGGGCGGGGCUACAUGCCCACCCCUCUCCGCAGGAAACGGGGAGAGCAGCACGACGACGACCGGACCGGCCCCCUCAUCAGACUACCUCUGCGGACCUAUGUGACUGUGGGGAGUAAGUCCCUGAGUGACAUCCCUCUGGGCUCGUCGACAUCUUUGACCCCUCACCUCUACCGCUCCGCGUUGACCUUUGACAUCGGCUUGGAAGCAGCUGCUGCCGGACAACUCAGGCAGGAGCACCUCCGCAGGAUCCACGGCCGCAUCAAGGAGACUGAGGCCAAGUGGCAGGAGGACCUGACGCGCUGGAAGGACAGGCGGCGCACUACAAACUCUGAUCUUCACAGGAAGAGAGAGGAUAGGGGGCUGGACACACACGAAGAGCUGCUGGAGAGGAGUGAGCAGGAGGCCUUUUGUGGCAGUGUCUACGCCCCCAUCUGCUACUCCUCACACACACACACUCUCGCUCACACACACCCACCCACACCCCACCUGCAGCCGCAGCAGCAGCAGCACGAGGCCGACCUCACACACCGCUCACGUGCUCCGCUGUCCCGUGGUCAGGCCGUGGAGGGUCCAGCAGCCGCCGCCGCCGCCACCUUCAGAGGACGCCUGCCUCCCUCCGAGCCCGCGGCCCAAGGAGAGAGCCUCCCGCUGGGCAGCCUGCCCACGGACCUGGCCUCCCUCCCUGCCCCCGGCUCCGGCUCCAUGCCAGGGCUCAUGGGAAGCAGUGGCAGCCCCGAGAGCCCUGCUAGGAUGGCGAACGGCGCCCAGUCGGUGGCCCCCGGCGCUCUCAAGGUCCACUGGAACAGCCCGGUGUCGUCCAGUCUGACGGGCAGCCCCAUGGCGCGUCCCGGCGGGCCCCAGACCCCGUACGGUGCCAGCGCCGGACUGGACCCCAUGGAGGACCUGCAGGGAGGCGGCCCGCUCUACCGGCCCGGGACCCCCGCGGUGAAGCCCUUCGACGGGGGAUCCAGGAUGUCGUCCACCCUGCCCCGGGGCUUCCGGCGGUCCGAGGGCAGCUCGUGCCUCUCCGCUGGGGUCACCCCGCGGCCCUUUGGGGCCAAGACCUCCUCCAGAGUGUCCAUGUCGAAGCUCUACGCGAAGGAUGACUCGCAUAAAAGCCUCCUGAGCAACACAAAGGGCCCAGCUCUCUUCACCAGUCUGCCUGCCCCCUACGCAAAGGUCGCGCCCUUUGCUGAUUUCGAGCGACCUUUAGCUCCGCCCAUGCAGAGCAGUCCAAGACAGGAGAGAAGGGAGGAAGGUGGGCGGACCUCUGCCGGCAUCAACCAAUCAUCUCCUCCCAACUUCACCGCAUCACUUCCUGACUACACAUCUGGACCUCAGAGUGUGGAGAGUGAGGUGCUCCACAGUGACAUGCGAGUCAGUCUGAACCAGAGACCCAACACCGGUACGGACUUUGGCUUCCAGACCCACUGGGACUCUACUGGAGCCCGCAUCACCUCCAUCCAGCCAGGCAGUCCUGCGGAGCUGUGCCACCUGUGCGUGGGCGAUGAGAUCCUGGCGGUAGGCGGGCACAGCGUGGGGCACAUGAGCUACACGCAGUGGAAGGACAGCAUGGCAGAGGCCCUCGCCAAGGGCAACCUCCUCAUGGACGUGCGGCGCCAUGGACACGCCGACUGGGGCUGGAGCGGUCAUCCUUCCCUGCCGUUUAAAAGCCAUAAGACCCUCAAUCUGACCAGUGCGGAUUCAACACUUGUAGGUCGGCCGGAGCACUACAUCGACGUCAGUCAGGACACCGGCAUCGCCGCAGCCUCUGCUGCCAAGCCCUUAACUAACGGCCUGACCCACAGCAAUGUGGGACCCUCACAAAUGAAUGGUGGUUUCCACAAUGAGGCUGUGACUUUGAGAAACAAAGACUAUGAGCGCAUUGCUAUGAAAAACCGUAGAAGGAGGCUAGAAUUUUUUUCAGGAGGAUCAGAAUCCGCCAUAUCUGAUCUGCAGGUUCCGUCCAUCAGCGCGCCGGCCGGCCGCUGGUCCUGGGACCCGGAGGAGGAGAGGAAGAAGCACGAGUCCUGGCAGAGAGAGCAGGAGCGCCUCCUGCAGGAGAAGUACCAGCGAGACCAGCAGAGGCUGGAAGAUGAGUGGCGACGAGCCCAGCAGGAAGUGGGUGGUGGUGGUGGUAACCAUGGCGAUGGGCUCAGGGGGCCAGAGGAGCACAGAGCCUUUGAAGUGGCCAAUGGCGGCACUCCACGACCUUUUUCCCGCCAAUCCGCUUCCUCGCCAUUUGUGACCUCCAAUCAGUAUCCAGAGGAGGAGGCGCCAGUGAAGGCGAGGGAGGAGCCAGUGCACAGUGCAGACAGCUCCCCGUCAAAGGAGGCGGGGCUAUAUGAGUGUGGAGGCACCACAGCCAAUCAGUGGCCUGACGAGUCGUACAGCUUUGCCACGCUCGCUGCUGCAGACAGGACUAAGUCCAAGUCCACCCCAACACUGGACUCCAUUCACCAGCAUGAAGACAGAGGUGCGGUGCGGGUGGAGAAGAAGCUGGGUCAGCAGAUGUCGCAGGUGGAGUUCGAGCGGCAGCAGAUCCUGACGGAGAUGCGUAAACGGACUCCGCUGAACCGGGACAGCAGCUGGAUCCGCCAGCGCAGCAGCAGCAGCAGCAGCAGCCACUACAAGGAGCCCAUCGUCCUGGGCAACCCCGUCAGGAGGUUCGAGUCCCUGGAUGACCUCCACAGCGGCGGCUCCUGGACCAGGCCCUCCUCGGCCGCCUCCAACCCCAUGCGGCCGCACUCUGCCAUGGGCAGCGUCGGAGGAUACCGGGGCCCCGGCCGCUACAGCAUGGGAGCCAUGGGUGGAGCUGGUGGUGGUGUUGGUGGAGGUUCUUCCACCCUCCCGGCCUCUCUCUCCGCCAGCUGCCUGAGGCAGGGGCCCUGGGCCCGGCCCGCCUCCACCUCCCCCACCCCCUUACGGGAGGAGAUGUCCCCUCAGCGCAUCAGCAAGCCCCUGAGUGGGCGGCGGGUGUGUACGCGCUGUGAGCGCCCCCUGGCGCGGGGCGCUGCCAUGGUGAUUGAGUCUCUGGGCCUCUGCUUCCACCUGGCCUGCUUCAAGUGUGUCAGCUGCAGAAGUGAGCUGCGACGUCCCGGCCCCGGUUCUCAGGUGCGGGUCCGGAACCGACAGCUGUUCUGCGACGGCUGCUACGGACGGAUCCGAGGUCGCCCCAUACCCAAAUGACCACAGUCCAUUGCAGCGAAUCCAGGAGACGCCUUCAAUUGCUGAUCCAUAACACACACACGCACACACACACGCACACACAGAUUAGAUAUCUAAACAUCUCCAUACUGCAGGCUGUUUUAUAAGAUCUGCCCUUAGACCGUCUACUUAAUACACACUCACAUACAUGCACAAUAUCAUUUAGACAAUCUUGGCAGUGGAUAGACGUGUUUUUAAUAUAUUUUUCUCGUAGCCAGUUAGUGAGUGUGUGAAUGAGUGGGUCAGUUGGAUGUUGUACUGCAGUGGCCAGAGGUGCCUGUGUCCAGUUGAGAACUUUCAGUCCAGUUCUGAUUCCGAGUCUCCAUGUUGUCUGACUUAUGGAUGAGUGUGUGUGUCUGGCUUUGACUGAGAUGAAGGAAAUUUAAAUAAUAAUAAUAUGACAUGUACAUGUAUGUGAAAUGAUGAUGUAUGAGGAUUUGUUAUUACUUUGACAUUAGCUUCUUCCCCCUGUAUAGCUUAAUAUAUAUAACACACAUAUUUAAAGGAUAUUUAAAUGCACUCUCGGGUAGGUUGGAUGCACUUUUUAACCCUAUUAAAUCACAUGCUGUAAUUCUUAAACUCGGGGAGAUGAUGGAUGUCCUUAUAUGGUUUGGUAUCGGAAUGGGAAGAGCUUAUUUAGAGUAUUUUCAAAUUUUAAAUAAUACAUUUCAGAAUUAUUUGUAAAUAAAACUAUUAAAUAAUGGAUUUUACCCAAACCAAA